CAGGCGCUUCAGCAUCUGGACAUGUGCUACAACCAGAUCUAUGACCGAGGUGGUUUCGCCCUGGCUGAAGCCUUGAAGCACAACCGCACACUGCAAGACCUGCUGCUGCGCACCAACCAGCUGGGAGAUGCAGGUGUAUCUGCUCUAGCCGAGUCGCUGCAGAAGAAUCGUACUUUGCAGUACCUGGCAUUGGACAACAACCAAAUCUCCCAGUUGGGCGUGGCAGCGUUGGCAAAGACCUUGCACAAGAACCGGGUCAUGCAGCAGUUGUCCCUGGAUUUGAAUUGCAUGAAGGAUCAAGGUGCAGCCCAGCUUGCGCAAGCAUUGACACACAAUCGCAGUCUGUUGAUCUUGCGGGUGUGUUCCAACGAGAUCGGAGAGGAAGGUGCUGUGGCAUUGGCAGAUGCCUUGCGGCAGAAUUGCAGCCUACAGCAUUUGGCCGCCAGUUCCAACGACUUCGGCCAGCACGGUGCCACGGCGCUGGGCAGCGCCCUUCGGGAGAACCGGCACCUGCAGGUGCUGGACGUGCGGAUGAACCACAUCGGAGACCCGGGAGUCAUUGCACUGGCAGAGGCUCUCAGAACCAAUCAGACCUUGCAGCAGCUGUCAGUUGGGAACAACCAGAUCCAACGGCACGGAGCUGAAGCGUUGGCGGAGGUUUUGAAGGAAAACCGAAGCUUGCAGAGCCUCGAUGUACGGUUCAAUGACCUCGGGGACAUUGGCACAACUGCUCUCACCAAUGCUUUGAAGGAGAACACCACCUUGCAGAACCUGGGAGUUGCCUCAACGGAACUGGGACAGUUUGGCCGUGCCACAGUGUCAGAGUUGUUGGAGAAGCGUUUGCUGGCCCGCAACCAUUGCACCAACUUCGCUGCAUCCCGCAAGACGCAUCGGCACCAAUCGCAGAACUGCCAUAUCCAAUAGGCGAGCUUUCUGAUCAGGAGUGGGUGUUUCUGAGCAGUGGCCGCAGAGAAAUUCGAUGAAAUUCGCUGAGCAAGGGGCAGCAAGAUCAGAAAAGGAAGGUGAUUCAUAG